AUUGAUGAUAUUUCAGCCUCUGUUAAAGCUAUCAACAGAAACAUUGAUAUUAUAAGUGAAUUACAUGACACCUCUUUGGUUAGUAUUAAUGAAAAGCAAUGGAAACAAACAUCAAAGCAACUAUCACAGUUUGUUGAUGAAACUUCUGCAAUGAAUACCAGUAUCAAGAAUAGAAUAAAGGCUUUGGAAGCUAGUAACUCAACCCACCCAAAGAACUCUGAUUUGAACAUUAGAAGAGCACAGGUCUCUCGAGUUAAAAAAGAGUUUCUCAACUGUAUUCAAAGAUAUCGAGAUGUUGAAGCAAACUUUAAUCAGAAAUAUCGACAACGUGUCGAAAGACAGAUUAGAAUAGUUAAACAGGAUGUUACAGAGGAUGAGCUAGAUGCCAUUAUUGAUUCAGACCAACAAAACCAAAUAUUUGCUCAGAGUCUAUUGCAAAACAGUCGAUCUGGUCAAGCCAAGGCUGUACUGUCCGAAGUUCAAACCAGACAUGAUGACAUUAAACGAAUUCAAAAAACCAUCAUAGAAUUAGCACAAUUAUUUGAAGAUAUGCAAAUGAUGGUUGAGGAUCAAGGAAAAGUCUUGGAUCAAAUAGAAACACAUGCAGAGAAUACAAAUGCUGAUAUUGAACAAGGUGUUACACAUAUAAAUAAGGCGAUUGUUUUAGCUAGAUCUACUCGUGCUAAAAAAUGGUGUUGCUUCUUUAUUACAAUUAUCCUUGCUGUAGUCAUUGCUAUACUUGUAUGGUGGUUUGCAUUUGAUCACAAGGUAAAUCAAUUUGUAUUGUGUAUUAUAUGUCUAUUCAAUGUGUUACUUGUUUAG